AUGGCCCUCCUGUCGCGGUCGUCGCUCCGCGGCUCCGUGCGACGGCCCCCCGACGGCCACCCGGACGACGGUCUGACACCGCCGAUGAAGAAACCGCGCACCCAGCCUGAAAACGGCCCCUCGCGCCGCCGCAGAAGCUCUCCGGACUGUCUCGACACCACCGUGGACAACCCACCCAGUGCUGGCCAGCCUCGAUCCGCCAAGCCGCCCGUCAAACCUGCGCGCCCGCGGGCAUCAACCCGUCGCACUCGCCGGGCCUCCUCCUCGUCGAACAAUUCGGUCGCUUCCUCUCAAUUGGCGACCGACGGCACCCCUCGUCCGAACGGCAAUGGCAGCGCCACAGCACGGGGCACCCCGGGCCAUCAAACUCCCUCGGUCGCGGAUUUGCAGCACGGUGCUCGCGAGUCUCCGGAUCCUUUGGACACCAUAUCGCCCGCGGUCACUACGCCUGCUGUGAAAUUGGAUACCGUGACACCCUCCGCUGCUGUCGACUCUGCGACCAAGCCUGCAAAUCCUCCGGCGACCAUCCGCACCACUCGCCGCAGCGACGGUCGGCCAACAUCGGCGGGCGAUACAGCGAAGGCCGAUGGCACGAUUGCCACAGUAGGACAAUCAGAGGAACCGGUAUCGAUGGGCGGGACUCGCUCUUCGCAAAAGCGCAAGAGUGAUGCCGUUGACAGCGAGCGGCCUGCGCCGACUCGAACACCCGCAGAAAGGCGAUCGUUGCGCUCGACGGAUGGUGGAUCACGAUGCAAGAGCGAGCUUGUGCAAUAUUUUCACAACUACGAGCAGCUGAUUAGUCUAGAAGAUCCCAAGCCUGGUAAGUAUGGGUGUUCUCCGUACGAGUCGAACCUCAUGGCUGAUAUAAAUGCUGGCAAAGAAUUUCUUGCGGCCUCUACGACCAUUGCGCUGGUGGAUGACUUGUCCGAGCCUCUGCCUCUUCCCUCCACACCUGAUCCGACGCCUUUCGGCAAUCCCCUGCAAAACCUUCACAACUGCGAAGUGAUCACACUUCCCAGGGCCGCCUCGAGCCCCUCCGGCGCAAAGUCGCUGAGCGAAGAGACGUACUUCCGGUCUCAUCGCAAAUUUGAGCGCCAGGAGAAACAACUGCGCAACAUCGAGCGAGAUCGCGCACAGCAUGAGAAGCAGCAGGUCGACCGACUUCUUGACGAGCUCCGUGGUCACGACUGGCUGCGCGUGAUGGGGCUCACGGGCGUGCACGACAGCGAGAAGAAACUGUAUGAGCCGAAGCGCGAUUUGCUGAUCCAAGAGCUGGAGGCUCUGGUCAACAAGUUCCAGGUAUGGAAGGACGAGGAGCGACGCCGUAAACUCGCCAAGGACAAGCCCUUGCCCGGUCCAGACACCGAAACCGAAUCACAUGCCCCCUCGCGCAAGCGAUCACGGCCUGCAGAAGAACCCGAAAUGGAGAGCUCGCCGGCACCGGGAACCGACUCGCAAAGCACUCCGGACCCCAACGAUGUCGACGCCUGGGCCGCGCGCCAGCUGCACCAGGAAGCCCGCUCUGCGUCUGUAGCCAAGCGACGCAAGUCUACGUCGAGCUCUCGCAAGCCAAAAACCGAUCGCGACGGCGACGAUGAAGUGAUCGAGCCAUCCGCCGAAACCAAAACCACGCCCAAACACAAGAAGAACCAGCCCAACUCCAAGCCAGCCCCGUUAGCCAUAGAGCCCCUGUUCAUCCCCGACCCUCCUCUGCCAGACAAGCCGUUCACCUCAUUCUACUCCCAGCGCCAACUUCGCGAUUCCACCAUCGCCGCCUCCAAAGGCACUCGCCGCGGCCACCGCGGCUCCAUCCUGGCAUUCGGCCACCCAAUCCCCGAGACCAAGGAGCAGGAAUUCGAGCCACCGUUUGAUAUCCUGACACCAGAUGCGAUCCAAUCGUCGCAACGCAAGCGACGCCGAAUGAAUCGGCUGAGUCGUGGGUGA